CUCUACAGAUAUUUUGUUGGUAACUGUAUUUCCAACGUUCACUUUUUACGAAGCGAACUCUCAAAUGGAAACAAGCUGUUUUUCUUUCUCUCAUACUGAUGACAAAAGUCCACGUGAUUUGGAGAAUACCUGUUUUGAAAUGACCAGUAGCAAAGUAAAUAGAUUCUAUCAAGGUAUAUCUCUGUAUGUGAUGGGUGUUGAGAAUAGUACCUCUUCGUGUUCAUUUGGAGAUAUGAACCUGGAAACCAUACAAACACACAUAAUAAUAAAAGAAAAACACCAACGCAGAUUGUGUAGAACAGAUAUUAUGUUCUCCAUCAAUACGACCACAUGUAAAGACAAGAUAGAACAUCUGAAAUACAACUGUGUUGGGCAUGUUCAAAGAGGCGAAAGCUUAUUUUUUCGAUAUUGCGAGUCUGUAGUAUGCACUGGAGAAAUGUUGGAAAAUAAAGAAAAUCAGACUGAUACAGAAGCCCUGGUACUGUCUAAAUUUCCCAAACCGAGAGUUUCACAGUCUCCAUUCUUUGCUUAUGAUAUACCUACAUCACACUGUAUCAUUAAGCAGUGUAAACCAGACAACUGUUCCAUUGAGGUGCUGAAGAAUUUCAUAAAGGCCACUUCUGAAGAAUCAAAGGGCAUCGACGGCCCAAGGACUGAAAUUAAGCCGCCAGUUAGAACUAAAACGACUCAAAGAGCGUCCAGGAAGCAAAGGGAGGCUUUGGGAACCCAUCGAGAGGCAGAGGGAAACGGUGCAGACAAAGCACCAGGACAAACCACUCGCCACCACGGCCGGCCCCGGUCGAGCCAACAGAUACUGAUGGAAUUCCCUCAGAAGCUCCUCCCUCGCCAUUUGUGA